AUGAAGGAGGACCGGCAAAUGUCCGAGCACGAGUUGCGGUUCCAGCAGUCCCUGCAGCGCCUGAACGUGCCCGAGUGGUACAAGAAGAGCCAGCAACAACGGAAGCAGUCGGCGGACUCGGGCCUCAUCACCCGUCCCCGUCGGGCCAUGGACCGAGUCCUGCCCGGGGGCUGGGAAGAGACCAAGACGUCGUCCAUGUCCUCGCUCCAAUACGGAUCGUCCCGAGACAACGUGAUGAGCCCCGACUCGACGACGAGCAGCCCGGUGCCUUCAGAGCGCGGCGGCGGUGGCGGCAGCAGCACAGGCGGCGGCGGCGCCUACCAGCCCUUCCGCUGGGGCGUCGGUCGGCUCUCUGGCAGCGCCUCUCCUUGCAGCCAAUUCAGCAUCGGCGCCGCCAGCUUCUCUGGCCGCACGCUUCUCUCCUCGGCGGCUUCCACGACCGCCGCCGCUCCUGCUCGCCGCCCGUACCUCGGCUGGCGCUCCCAGGAAAAGCUCGGCAAGCUCGAGGCGGCCGAGCAGCACUUGCACAACAACCGGCAAAUUCCCCCGGCGCCGCCUGCGUAUUUGUCGCCCGCCGAGCGGAUGGCCAAAGAGCUGCUGGCUGCUCAGCGACAGAAGCAAGAGGAGGCCAAGGUGCAGGCCAAUGGACUCACGUUGAGCCCGAGUGAAGUGCCGCACUUGAGUCCGCGGAUGGUGCGCAACUCCAUCAAGGAGGUGACGAACGCCAUUGUGCACUAUUGUUCCGAAUCCGACGACGACCAUUUCACGCCGCCGCGGAGGACGUUGAACGCCGUGUCGCCGGACGAAGAGACGCCUGUGACUGUUGUGCGUCACCAGCGGCGGCCGCCUACCGCUGCGCCCAAGCCUGGUGUAUGGGUGGAGAGUUCGUUCGUCGGCGAGAAGCCGAUUCAGAGUCCCCGGACGCCGCCGGUGGGUGACGUGGCGACCUUGCUGGAAGCUGAGUUGCUCAACGGAUCCGAUGAUCUUGGAUCGCCGUCGUCCUUGUCUUCCUACGAUGUGAAGCUGGUGCCGAUCGAGAAACUGCGCACGGGUUCUGCACAGUUGGACACCUUCUUUGGCAAACGUGAACUUCGCCGACCUACCGUGGGCAACGGCGAACUCUGGCUGCAGUGAAUUUAUUGAGCGAUGCCGCCACGUGGCUUUUUUUUUGUUGUUGCAAAAUUUCGACGAACCGCGCGCGAGAGAGAGAACUUAUAUAUGAGGGAAAAGAAUGUACGAAUCGGGCUGGUUUUUGUGUCUCGAGAUGCCGAAUACAGUACAGUAUAGACAACAGCUAGCAUGCAGCAGAUCGUGAUGCAAUAUGUUCGCUAUAUAUUGCCAUUCGAGGAACUCCUGGUGGCAUUUUCAUUUGUUUUCCCUUGUCCCGCGCUGUUCUUCCUGAUUCGGAUCCGUGUUGAUUUGAAAUAAGUAAUGCGUAGAUGAUCUAUUCGAGUAAUCGAGUUCGAUCAGAACGAAUUCUCCCCGACUUCGAAUGGAAUCUAUUUCAUGUUCGCGCAUAUGUGAAAUCUCCGAUUCCUCUUUCUUGUUUCAUUUGAAGAUUUUACGCGAUCAUUCAAUUCCAACGGAAUUUCUGACUUGGCUUUUCACGUUGACUGACUUGCGCUUGAAUACCUUCAAUCCAGUUUUAAUGCAUGCAGGUUUUGUUUUUCUAAACAUUGACUGUGUCGAAGGUCGCUUUUUAUUGUCUUUUUUUGCUACUGAGCUGCAAGAGAUAUAUCUGCGUGAAUGAUUCUGUUCCACUCCGAGACGAGUUUAAAAGAAAAGAUUUGUAAUUGCAUUUUUGUCAUAGUUUUAUGCGUUGUCGGCUGUUCAUGCUGUUGAAGCGGUGCGCGUCUUUAUCGGGGAUUUUUUCUUUCCUGCUGGGCAGUGGUGACUUGUUAUUGCAUUUACCAUCUAAAAAAUGUUCGUGAAAUCAUCGAGGAGAUAUUUUUAUGAAUGUGAAAUGACAGGGUUUUGACGCCUGUUUUGUUGAACUUCUUGACGAUAUGCGCAAAGUGUUUCUCUCGUACGCGUUGCUCGGCUUUCGGAAAUGGCUCCUAUGUGUAAUUGCCAACGGUGAUCCACCAUACAUGAACCCAUCUUUCUGAAGCCACCAAAACUCAUCGGUUAGGAAAUCAUUUUUUCCGAAUGGGAUCAUGCUGGUUGCGUUUUUACGGAAGUGGAUCAAGUGUGAAUAAAUAAACGCUAUCGUAUGAUCGUAUAACGAUUCAAAAAGUGGUGUUUUAGAGAAAUUGAAGACGUCGGUUGAAAUUGACACUUUGUUACCAGACUGUGACACGAAUGGGUCUGUUCUUUUGAAACUAACGAAUGAGUCCUGAAGUUUGAGUUUGCUCUUCUUUUUUAUUAUUAUUCUGGAAAUAAAGUUGAGGAGGACUUUUUUCGUUCAUAUAAUCGUUGUCCCCUUGUUUCGCUGACCUAAUUUUGUGCGUAUGGAUUUUUCUUUUGAUAAUUUAUUCAAUGUUGUUUUGCGGACAGUAUUAUUUAUUUGAGGAUUAUGAUAAUAAAGCAGCAAUAUUGAUUUUUGGGUUAAA